UAACGAUAAAGUAUAUCAGACAGCUUUCGGUUUCACAUCUUCAAGAAAGUCUUUAGCAGGAUGCGUACAGGGAAUCACACUUCAAGAAGUUAUAUUAUUAACUUAACAAUUUUCAGGAAGUUUAAAUCUAAAUUCGUUUAUUUGUCCAGAUCUGAAGAGUAUCCAUUAGUAAUGAAGGAAGUGAAACCGACAAAUGAAAUGACAAGUACUCUGGUGGGGUUAAAGUCAAAAGAUUCGUUUUAUCAACGAUCGAUUCUUCACUCCCUAAAACUUUUCUCUGAUUCAUAUAAAAACCGAAGAUUCGUGAAAAGUAAUGAAUGUAUCCCGCAAAAGACUUCUUUGAUUUCACAGAAAAAAUAAAACAACUAAACGUAUGCAAUACGUACAUAGUGUCAUAUAAUGCUACUUUCUUACAGGUAAACCUUUUCCUAAAAUAAUAAUCUGUCCAGACACAGUAUUCAUCCUAUUAUGCUGUAUCUUGACUAAAGUAUGACCUAAAACGUCUUGUAAUCAUGUUUACCAAAAACCUACAAUUCAACAACGCUUUCUACAGACGUAUGGAUGGAUGAAGUAGUGGUAUAGAGUUCACUAGAUACAGUAAUAAGUGACACACCACAUACAAAACGUACAACGAUCUCGUUAGAAAUUGACAUAUAUGUUUCAUUCAACGUACGUUUGUUGC